AAAAAUCGUUUAUACAAUCUGAUUUGUUUAUUUCAACUUCUUGCCCGUUUCCAUUUUGAUUUAUUCACAUCCGAUAUUCAAACUCAUCAAAGUAGCAAUGACUCUAACGCAGUUGUUAUUAAUUGGGAUUCUGGUAAUCUGGCACCUGGAUAAUCAAGUGUGUGGUCUUUCAAAAGAGCAACAGCUGGAGAAACAGCUCAUGGUGAAGUACAAUUACAAAGUCCGACCUGUAAAAUCUGAGGCAACUGUGACCCAAGUCAACGUGUUUCUGAGCAUUGCUCAUGUGGAGAAAGUGGACGAACAUGAACAGACAGCUCUUGUCCACGGCCAUAUCUGGGCAACUUGGAUUGAUGAGUAUAUGCAAUGGGAUGCCAAAAAAGAAAAUGUCACAAAACUCACCAUCAGUGCUCACUCACUGUGGCAACCUGCUCUGGCGUUGUAUAACAGCGCUCGUGGAAACAGCUGGCACUUAUACAUGGGCGCAAUGCCGGCAACUGUUUAUAGCACGGGAAAAGUGUGGAGCACUGGAACAUUCUCCUUCUACGUCACUUGUCAAUUCGACUUUACCAAUUGGCCUUUUGAUCAGCAGUCAUGCCCGAUUGUAAUUGCCGAUUGGGUAUACAAUUUGAAUCAAGUCAAUUUGAGCGAUCCAUAUAUUCUUAAAGAAUAUGGCAAACCGUCAAUUCGACUGAGCUACGACCCUAUUGAGAAGAGUGACAAACGACAUGUUGCAGGGUGGGAAGUCAUGGAUGCAUGGAAAAAACAUUGCUAUUGGGGCCCAAAAGGAUGCAAGGAAGAGCAACCAGAAGGUGAAGCAGAAUGGUACUGGUCACUAUUGGAGUUUGGCAUUAUUCUCAGACGUCAUCUUCCGUACUUCAGUCUCAGUAUUUUGUUUCCAAUGGCAGGCACAUCGCUGAUUCUUCUUUUAUGUUUCUGGAUUGAAACGCAUAGUAUCUGUUUUUUCACGAUUAUGCUCAACAUCAUAUUGCAAAGUUAUUACGGCAGUAGUUUGCUUGCGAAGAUGCCACCGGGAAGUGGGCGAACUCCAAAAAUUGUUCACCUCUACAACAUGAAUCUUCUGCUGAGCGCUGUUCAAUUCGUACUUAUUGUGUUCUCGGAGUUUUUGAGACUUAGGUUGCCCAAGAAAUUCGAGCUUGAUCUAGGUUUCGAUAUAAUUGGAGUUCCUCAAAGGUUUGGAGUUGACAAGUUAUUCACGCAGAAAGGAUUAUCGUUUGAUCCACAGGAGCUGUUCAGCAAUGUAUACAGUACCCGCACAUUGGAAGAAAUUCUGGAGCAAGGUGGUGGCUCAUCGAGCACUUCUGUUGGUAUUGGUAACCCUCUUCACGAAGACAUUACCUCUUUCCAAAAAUCAUCUGAUUCGAGUGUUCUUAUUGACAUCCCGAUGACAUCUGAACCACAAUCAUUUUCUGCAUCAACAUCUGAACUACUCUCCUCGGAGCCAUCGUCUAAUGAAGAAACUCAAAUUUCUGAGGAACCAGAAGAAGAGAGAAUAUUGGAUGUUCAACUUCGGCACAUCAAGCGUUAUGUUUUCUGUUUAGUUAUUUUCAUUCAUAUUAUUGCAUUUCUUCUAGUUCUGUUCACCUAAGUUUAGGGCGUCUUCUUCUCAACUAUAAUUUCCGUGUUUCACGCCUGAGGUUUUUCUUUCAAUAAAGUUGGUGUUGGUUUUGAUU